ACCCGCCGCUUUCUCCGUCAGUUACGACGACUGUGAGUGUUUUUUCUUAAUUAUCUCUCCUCCAGUGCACAUUGCCACCAGCUAACUCAGCCAAAAUGACAAAUUCGUAGCGAUUGUUAAGGUUGUGGACAUCAAAUUGGUAUUUUGUCACCACGUCGAGCCAUUAACCGACCUCAUUGUAUUGUUGGCUUCACGUUCUCGAAGGGGAAUUUCAACAAGGAAAAAAAGUAUCACAGAUUGUUGCUGCGUCUUUUUCAGUUGAAACAGUACAAAAAAAGAAUUUCCAAUUUCUGUGGGGGAAAUGGAUAGCAAGGAAAUUGUUCACGACGGCGACGACCUUUACAAAGCUGACAUCCUUCGGAAAAUUGACCUGUCCAAAUUGUCAAAAGUUUCCUUUGACCCGCCAAUUGAACCCUGUAAACCUGGAGACUCCCUCAUUCUUCGACCUUUAAAUCGACGAGACUUUUCGAAAGGGUUUCCUCAAAUCCUGUCCCAACUCACAGCCGUUGGUGAUGUAUCACAAGAGCAGUUCAUUGAAGCGUUCGAUAGAAUGUCCAAAUGUAUUGACACUUAUUUUGUGACUGUGAUAGAAGACACCAGCUGUGGAAAAAUUGUUGGUUCUGCCACGUUAUUAUUAGAACAAAAAUUCAUUCAUAAUUGCGCGAUGAGAGGACGCGUUGAAGAUGUGGUGGUCAGUGAUGAAUAUCGAGGAAGGCAGCUAGGAAAGUUACUGCUAGCUGCCCUAACCUUAUUGGCGAAGCAAGUUGGAUGUUACAAGCUAUCAUUGGAUUGCAAGGAUAACAUGAUUCCUUUUUAUGAAACUUUUGGCUUUGUCAAAGAAGAUGGAAAUGGCAACUUUAUGACGAUACGAUUCUGAACAACAAUCCAUUCCCAAAACUAAUUAGUAUCUUGAGGUUUGUGCGACAUGCGCAAGGUCCGUGUGGUGGAUUUAUUACAUAUGAUUGUAAAAAAAGUAAUGGUAUUACAAUAAUUUAAAAAAAAACUUUGUACCUUCCCAACUUUGGGACUAUUUUUGAGUAAAGAACAAAGUAUUGAAUAUAUA